AUGGUUACUGAACGUUCACGGUGGAGAGCACGACGGGUCACACACGAAGUCAUCGAAAAAGCGGCAGAAGGACGAGUUAGCGGAGCCAUUGAUGCUUUCAAUGAGUCAACGAAAAGUGAUUGGGGCAGAAAGAGACGAAGAGAGCCAACCUCAACCAUACGGCCGCUCGGUCCCGUCGAGAUAGCCACGGUCGACGGGCCAGAGACGUCUUCAUCAAUUGAAUGUGAAAGAACCAUGUCCGAGAUAGUUGAUGAAGUCAUCGAGGCGAUACCGAAACGUAUUCUUCAACUAGGAAAAGGUUCUUCACAAUUUGAUGGGCCGUCGGACAGAUGCGCUGCGAAAUGCGGAGAGUGCGCGGCUUCGAUCAAUCCCGAUGGGGAUGCACCUACGCGUUCGACUUCAACUCAGACUUCGCCUGAGGUUUACAAACGUGCGUGCAGCCCUACAAUAACUUGUGGUAGCCGAUGUGUCAAUCACCGAGAAUCAAGCUUGCUCGCUUUUUCGACUGCAAAAAGCCGUACUCAACCAACAAUGAUGGAAAUCACGCGAGAAACGAUGUCAUACAGUACCACACAACCAGGAGGACGUGCCCCACUUGGUGGACGACAAGCGGGAAAUGUCGUCUCACAAGACCGCAUGUUGAAGAUUGUCACAGAAAUGAGGUCGGGAGCAGGUUCCGGACUGUCACCUUUCGGCCAGAAUGCUGCCAGCACAAUUCGAGAUUCACGUGAACGUGAGAAGAAAGAAAUGAGCGAUUUGAACGAUCGCCUGGCUAGCUACAUUGAAAAGGUCCGCUUCCUAGAAGCACAGAAUCGUAAGUUAGCAGCCGAUCUUGAUGCGCUUCGAAGCAAAUGGGGUAAGGACACCCACAACAUCCGAAACAUGUACGAAGGCGAACUCUCGGAUGCCCAAAAGCUCAUCGAUGAGACAAACCGACAGCGCAAGGAGAUGGAAGUGCAAAUCAAAAAGAUGCAAGACGAGUUAGCCGAGUUGCGACGCAAAUAUGAGGACGCCGUUCGCGGACGAGAAACUGAUCGUGCUAAGAUUGACGAUCUUCUUGUACACCUGUCAAAUUUGGAGGCCGAGAUUAACUUGCUCAAACGUCGCAUCGCUCAACUUGAAGAUGAGGUCAAACGUAUCAAACAGGAGAACCAACGCCUUCUUUCGGAGCUCCAGCGUGCACGCACGGACCUCGAUCAGGAGACACUCAACCGCAUUGACUAUCAGAACCAAGUGCAAACUCUUCUGGAAGAGAUUGACUUCCUUCGUCGUGUACAUGAUAACGAAAUCAAGGAGCUUCAGACCCUGGCGUCACGUGACACCACACCGGAGAACCGGGAGUUCUUCAAGAAUGAACUUUCGUCUGCUAUUCGGGACAUUCGAGAAGAAUAUGAUCAGAUCACGAAUGUUCAUCGGACAGACAUGGAGUCGUGGUACCGCCUCAAAGUGCAAGAGAUCCAGACCCAGAGUGCCCGGCAGAGCAUGGAACAUGGAUACGCGAAGGAGGAGGUGAAGCGUCUGCGUACGCAACUCAGCGAUCUUCGUGGAAAGCUUGCUGAUCUUGAGAGUAGGAAUUCACUGCUCGAAAAGCAGAUUCAAGAACUCAACUACCAACUCGAGGACGACCAACGUUCAUACGAAUCCGCUCUCAAUGAUCGUGAUGCCCAAAUCCGUAAGAUGCGCGAGGAAUGCCAGGCUCUCAUGGUCGAAUUGCAGAUGCUUCUCGACACUAAACAGACCCUCGACGCUGAAAUCGCGAUAUAUCGUAAGAUGCUGGAAGGAGAAGAGAACCGUGCUGGACUCAAGCAGUUGGUCGAACAGGUCGUCAAAACCCAUGCUAUUACUCAAGAGACGGACACCGAAACCAUGAGAGUGGUCAAGGGAGAGACUGCUUCCCGUCAAUCGUUCCAGAGAUCGGCAAAAGGCAACGUAUCCAUCCACGAAGCUUCGCCUGAUGGCAAAUUCAUCGUGCUUCAAAACACGCACCGCGCCAAAGACGAGUCGAUCGGUGAAUGGAAGCUGAAGCGUCGCAUCGAUGGAAAACGCGAAAUCGUGUACACUCUCCCGAAAGACUUUGUACUGCGUGCUGGUAAAAGCGUCAAGAUCUUCGCUCGUAAUCAAGGUGUCUCAUCUCCACCUGAUCAACUAGUGUAUGAUGGUGAAGAUACAUUCGGAUCCGGCAAUUCUGUUCAGACCAUUCUCUUUAACAAGGAGGGAGAAGAACGUGCAACGCACAUUCAGCGUCAAAGCAACGCUUAG